UUUACUGGGAUAACCAGUUUGCAUAUAACAAGACUAAUAUGACUAGACAUAGCUGAAGGUAUAAUUAUGGAAGCUAUGGAAGGCUUAAUCAACAAGGCAGAUGCGGUGCUCUGCCAGAGUCACAACUCUUUAAUAUCACUUGGAAGUGCUGCUCUGGCUGGUCAUGCUGCUCUGCCGCGCAAACUUGCUGCCAUCUAUGCAGAAGAAGCAGUCAAGCCCAGCAAAAUAAAGCAAAGUAUUGUGCACACAAGUGAGCUGAUCGGGAAGCUAGUGGAGCGAGAGAAUCUGAGCUGCCUGAUAGUGAACUUGUACCGCGGCAGCGAGGGUUACAGCAUCGCUCUGAAGCUCCCUGGGGGACUCGAGACUGAGACCAUCAGGCUGCCUUAUGAAGAUGAUGAGUUUCUCACUUACAUAGACCAGGAACUGCUGCCUCCCAUGCUGCUUGAUCUGCUGGACGAGGCGGACGUGAGUGACAUGUUUCAGAGCGGGUGUCUAGUGGCCGAGCUGCGCGACUACCGCCGCUGCAACGCCGAGCCUGUCUUCCUCAGCUCCGCCCUCGGUGCCUCCAACGGCCCACACUGCGACAAGCGCCACGUCUUGCUGCGUCCCUCCAUGCAGAGCAUCGCUGCGGACAUAGCCUACCUGACGCGUGAGAAGGACUGGAGCAACAGCGAGCGCGCCAAGCUCGAGGCGGAGAUCGUGCGCGCCACAGCCCCGCCGCUCUGCCUCUCCCCUGACCUGUCAGCGUCGCUCAUCACGCGGCGUCUGCACACACACAACAAAGCUCUGCACUCGCCCUUAGUCAGGCGUGCUGCUAAACGGUUCAGUCAGCCCUCACAGGUCCGGCAGAAGAAGUUCGAGGACGGUCCUGCCCCUAAAUGCCUCAGGCUUUAUAACUUCCUUAACGAGCGCAAAGAGAAGCGUGCGCUCGCCAAAUCUGUGCCUAAACCUUUAGUUCCGAUAAUUUCUGAUCAAACUUUGGGCCCGAACUCGUCUGAGCUGUUCGGCGGCGCCAUCCCGAGCAUUAAAGACUUCAUGGAUAAUGUCAUCGAAGAGGUUCAGAAGCACGCCAAACCUGUGGAGAGGCCGCCCGAGAGUGGCGAUUAUUCCCUGCAGUUUAUAGAGGAGUACACUCUCGAGACUGAGAAGAGCCAGGGCCGGAUCUACCAUACCAAGUUGACGAUAUAUCAACGCCGAAUUGAUGAGGUAUUUUGUGGUGAGCUUUACGUUGAUAGAGACUACCAGGAGGGCAAGCUCAACGGAUCCACGUGCACGUUCAAGCAUUACUCAAUACAGUCUGUACACCGAUACAUCGCACAGUUCAGGGAGAUCUUCUCAGAAGAGGGGCGCAAGAGCGUCAAGAUAAAGCACGUUAAGUCAGUAGGUGGCGCUGCCCCAGCACCGCCGUACAACCAGCAGCAGAACGUACUCAUCGUCACUAACGGAGAGCGCGGUCUGCAGCAGCAGGCACAGAAGCUACCAGCAGGCGCUGUGGUGAUAUCCAAGGCGCAGGCGCAGGCGCUGUCAGGCGUCGCUGUCACCGUACAGGCGCAGCGUCUGCACCAUCCUGUCACUGGCUUGUCAGUGAGUCAGCAGGGCCAGCAGCUGCAGCAGCAGUCACAGCAACAGCCACAGCAGCAGCAGCAGCAGCCCGUGCUGCUGAGCCGCAACGUGCACCUCAGCAGUCUGCUGUCUGGUCGCGCUGUCGUCACCGCUGCUCAAGCCGUCGGCGCAGGACGCUCUGCACUGCCUGUAUCUGGCUGCGCUGGUGUCAGUUCCGCCAUGACAGUCAAGUGUGGGGACGUCAAGAGCGAGUCUGUGUUCACCACGGCGGGGCCUGGGGCGGUGCCUGCCCUGCAAGCUCUCCUCGCUGGUACGCCGUCAGCAGAGAACCCCGCACCGAACAGCAGGAACGCUGAGCUCAUCAAGCGCCUGGCGCAGCAGACCGCCCAGCCUAACAAAGGUGACAUCAAGACGGGUGUGAAGGUUGACAUCACCGCCAGCGCGCUGCCUACCAUCACCACCAUCAACUGUACCCCCACCACAGGAAGUUUGGUGUGCAGCAGUGGCAGCAACUCUGCCCUGUCAAGUCUGCUGAGCGGCAGCAGCAGCAGCGCCGGUCAGCAGCAGUCUUCCCUGACGGCCGCGGUGCUCAGGAGCGACUCUGGCAACGCCCCUCCGCCCAACAUCAAUAUUGCGAACAUCGCAAACCUGCCCGGCCUGAACGUGGGGCUGCAGAACCUGACGAGUGGCUUGGGCGGCGUGCAGAACGUGCAGGUCUCAAUCCCUGGCCUGCCCGUGCCCAUCUCGCUCUCCCUCUCCGCCGGCCCUCCCACCUCUUCCGCCUCAUUACCUCAUCAGUCCCCCCAGCAGCAGUCGUCUGUUGUUGGCUCUUCUCAGUCUUCUCAUCCUGUCAUCAUUGCCUCGUCGCAGCCGCACCCGGCUGGUGGUGGCAGCAUGAGUGGCGCGGUCUCGUCAGGCGCCCCUACCAUGGUGCUCGCCUCAGCCACCUCCCUGCCCCAGGCACACCUCCUGCAGCUGCCUCUUGUGCAAGGCUCGCAACUGGCGGCUCAGCUGGCCAAGCCCCCCGGACAGCACCUCCAGCAGCAGGCGUCGGUAAGCGUCUUCCAGAGUUCAAGCAGCAGCGGAGGCAUCAAUACGUACACCUGCACCAGCAGCAGCGGCAGCAGUAGCAGUGGAGGGGACCUGCUGGUGUCGAGUGCAGGUCUUCUUCCACGGCCCCCACAGCCUGUGCUACCGCGCUCCUCCAAGCAUCAUUUACAGUUAGCGCUUCAGAAGCCUAAUCAGAGUCAAAUCAACCAGCAUUUACAGCAGAAACUUGUGCAACUUGCUGCUCUGAAGUCUCAGCAGCAGCAACAGCUUCAUGCACAGCAGCAACAACUACAUGCACAACAGCAACAAAAGCAGCAGCAGAAACAUCAACUUCAGCAGCAACAAUCGGAACAACAGGAGCAGCUUCAUCUGGUGCAGCAACCGCCUCCUUCGCUCUGAGUUUCUUAUUUUAACUUUAGUUUUUUUAUCCUCGCACUUGUAAUUUUUUAUUUCCGACCCGUCGACUUUUUCAAGUUCACUUUUUGUGAGCUUGAAAUAUAUUCCUGCUCAAAUAGAUUACCUUAUCUAUCAAUGUUGAUACUCUAAUUUAGUUGCCUUCCUGUAAAUGGCAGACACAGAUAACCCUUAGUUUAAAUGCAUAUCUUUUACGUAAUUAUCGCACGUUUCUUUUUGGUUUUAAUAUAUUCUUCCAGAUUUUUAACAGGAAAUUCCGUCAUGAUGGGGACAGUCGUCAUUGGCUGCGUAUCUAUUUAAUUGUUUUUAAAUCUAUUUUAAAGAUUUGUGAGCUUGUCCAGGCACUUCGAUGUGUAUGUUGUCUACGCGUGAGCUUCUUAAUUGUUUUGAAAAUCGCCGCGAUCGAGGCGUUACGUUUCAAUGUGUUUCUUAUUCAUCUAAUUCUUUUUUUAUUUGUACAAAGUGUAAUUGAAUCUCAAGCUCGGAAUGCUUUAUUCUAGUACAAUAUUCGAUUUUAUUGAUGAUAGAUUUCAACUGUUACGUUCGGGAGGUGAACCAGGUAAGGAAUUUAUUUAUGGUAGGCUCUAUGGGCAAUGUUUUAUUUUAAUAAUUUUACCUUUGUCGAUUAGAUAUUUAAUUUGAGAAAAAGUUUUCCUCUCUUGUUAAAUCUAUCGCGGCAUUAAGAGUGGCUGCGCAGCGAAAAUUGCGAGGCCGUCACUCCUACUUUCAAUUAAUAUUCUGUAUAAAUUUUCAAUCUUACUGGGUAUCCAAAUAUGAAUUUCAAGGCGUGAUUAAAUCUUUGGUAUAUUAGGAAUAUCUUGUACAUGAUUACAUGCAGGUUCUCAACAAACGAAAUAUAUUUGGCAUAUAGUUUGAUUGUCAGUGUUCAGGAUAUAUUUCUGUUGGGUUUUAUUCUACUGGCGUGUACACGUUGCUUCAGUUCGGCUCUGUGCUUGUCUUUCUUAGGUUUAUGGCACCUGUUCAGCUACGAGAAAAACUCAUCAGGCUCUCUAUUUGUUAUUGAUGAUUAGGUUAGUGAAAGACCGUUAUCUCGUUGUCUUUAUAUUAUAAAAGUGAAAUAAAUAAAAAUUACACUGCUGUA